GGGACCUUUCUUUCUUGACAAGAAUAUCCCCUAACCCCCCCCCCCCCCCCCCCCCCCCUCCCAUUCCAAUCUAUCAACAUUUUUGGUCAUCAUAUUCCAUGAUUAUGAACCGGAAUUCAGACAUUUGAGUAAAAAAAAAAUUUAAAUAUUGAAGUGAUCAACAUCAAUAUAUUCAAUAUUCUAUAAUCCUUAUAUCUGCCUUAUUCACAUUAAAAAUCCUCCAAUAAUUCAGGGUUCUGCAGUUUUUUAUUCUUCAGAAAAUCUUGCAGAUUAAAGAUGGUAAAUUGAUUUCUGGGUGCUGGAGAUUUUGAAGUUUGAUAAUCCAAUUCAGAAUUUGGAGGCAUAUAUAGAGGCUCUAAACGACAUUAAAAAUUGUAAACCAACAUUAAACCAUUUGAUCAACGAUGAGGAGAGCUUUAGUCAAAUCGUUGGGACCAAUUCACUCGGCUUUUCGUCAUUAUGAAGCGAAAAGACCAUUAUUAAAUGCAAGCGCGGUGUUAUAUGAUGUAAGAUACAAAACUGAUGUGUGUAAUUAUGUACAUUCAUCAUAUAUGUUUUCAAGAGCUAUGUCUACGGGUGCUGCUAAUGUAAACUAUGAAGAAGUUAAAAGAAUGGGCCCUCUUGUGGAGUAUGAGCGUAGAAUAAGUGUUGGCGAACUUGAAGACGGUGAUAAUUGUCAGAUAGGAACCUUGAGAGAAAUUCAAAGACUCUAUGAUGAGCUCGGUAACUCGGUCCAUGCGUGUCACUUGGAUCGUGAUUCUGAUCCUGGGAAAACCGGGAGGAGUAGGUGGUUAUGGUCUCGUUUUAUGCCUCAAUCUUCGGUCUCACCGGUGAAAGGACUCUAUCUUUAUGGCGGAGUUGGCACCGGAAAAACCAUGUUAAUGGACUUAUUUUUUGAUCAACUGCCUUGCAGUUGGAGGAAAAAAAGGAUUCAUUUUCACGACUUUAUGUUGAACGUUCACAGCCGCUUGCAGAGGCACAAAGGAGUAUCGGACCCCCUUGAAGUCGUUGCAGGCGAGAUUUCUCAUGAAUCGAUUUUGCUAUGUUUAGAUGAAUUCAUGGUUAAUGAUGUAGCCGAUGCAUUAAUAUUAAACCGCUUAUUUAAACAUCUUUUUUGUAAUGGUGUUAUACUUGUUGCUACAUCAAACCGUGCUCCGGAUAAUCUUUACGAACGUGGAUUGCAAAGAGAUCUUUUUCUACCCUUCAUCUCCACACUUAAGGAAAGAUGCAUAAUACAUGAAAUUGGUUCUUCUGUAGACUAUCGAAGAAGGACCUCGGCCGAAGAAGGGUUCUACUUCAUACAAAAUGGUACAUCCGACUUCCUUAUGCAAAGGUUCAAGGAGUUGAUUGGGGAACAUAUAGUGCGCCCUCAAGAGGUGGAAGUUGUUAUGGGAAGGAGACUAGAGGUACCUUUGGGUGCUAAUGGAUGUGCUUAUUUUCCAUUUGAGGAACUCUGUGACAAACCUCUUGGUGCUGCUGACUAUUUUGGAUUAUGCAAGAAUUUCCACACCCUAGCUUUGGAUGGUGUGCCGAUAUUCGGGCUGCACAAUAGGACAGCAGCAUAUCGGUUUGUCACAUUGGUUGAUGUAAUGUAUGAGAACAAAGCUAGGUUGAUGUGUACUGCUGAGGGAACUCCUUUUGAACUUCUUGAAAGGAUCAUAACAAUCGCGGAUGCACAGUAUGUUGCACCUAGAACCUCUUCGAGAUCAAGGAAGAAUGACGAUUUUGACCUUUGUGUCGACAACGAGUUGGGGUUCGCGAAAGAUCGUACCAUCAGCAGGUUGACGGAAAUGAACAGCAAAGAGUAUCUCGAGCAGCAUAGUGAAAUGAUAGCAAACAAGUGGUUUGAAGUUUCAAGGAAUGAGACCAAGAAUGAGAAUGUGGUGCAUGCAUGAGCCCAAGUAGUCGAUGGCGGUUAGAUACUCCUAAGUCGAGCCAUCAUGCAUCUUUGAAUAGUUACUCAGUUGUGUGCGAGUAGGUGGAUUAGUUACUUGGUUUCGGAGUCUCCUGGUCUUGCUGUUUAUAUGAUCUGAUUAUGGUUCACGUUAAACUUAUAUAUAUGAUAACAUGAAAGAAAACAAUUUAGGGUCGAUCUUGUUGCUUUUA